UUUCGCUGCGCGGCGUCAUAUCAUAUCAGAGAAAAAAACAAAAGUCAGCCGAGAAAAUAUGACUUCACACGGCUUCGUCGGGUUUUGUCUUCGUGUUGAGCUAACAAACUGUGGUCAAGAACUGAGCUCCUUUUAGUAAAUGAUGACAGAAAUGAAGCCGCUCAGAGUAGCUGCAGCUCACCGGAAAUGAACAAAAACACGUCGCGUGUUUUAACAUGUGGCCUCUCUGUGGGUCUGCGCUUUUUCUCGGACACUUCUGGAAGAGAAAUCAUUGAAAAUGUAUCUGAUGUUCAGCAGCUCUCGAAGCAGGCGACGCUUUAUGUACACUGGCCGUACUGUCUCAGGAGGUGCUCCUACUGCAACUUUAAUAAGUACAUCCCCAAACGCAACAAUCAGCGCAUCAUGACGGAGUGUCUUCAGCGAGAGACGGACACAUUGCUCCAGCUCAGUCAGGUGUCCUGCAUCACCUCUGUGUUUUUUGGGGGCGGGACCCCAAGCCUGGCUCACUCUUCAACAAUUGCCGCAGUCCUCGAAACUGUCUCAAAGCACACCUACCUCUCAAACACGGCAGAGGUCACGCUGGAGGUCAAUCCUACUCCUGCUGGAAUGUCAAAGUUAGAAGACUUCUGCUACGCCGGAGUGAACCGUUUCUCAAUCGGAGUCCAGUCUCUACACGAUGAAGACUUGACAAUUCUGGGGAGAGACCACAGUUCCCUUCAGGCCUUGCGGACUGUUGAAGAGGCUCGCAGGCUGUGCUCCGGCAGGGUGUCGGUGGAUGUGAUGUUCGGAAGGCCUAAGCAGAGUGUGGAAUCCUGGGAAGAGGAGUUAUCUGAGGUGCUGAGGGUGUGUGACAACCACGUGUCUCUGUACCAGCUGACCUUGGAGCGAGGCACCCAGCUCUUUAAACAGGUUCAGCGGGGGGAGGUGACCGUGCCCGCUGACGAUGUGACUGCAGCGAUGUACCAGUGUGCCAGACGGACACUCCAGAAGCACGGAUAUGUGCAGUAUGAGGUGUCCAACUUUGCAAGACAUAAUGCGUUCAGUCACCACAACAUGAGCUACUGGAAGGGGAGGCAGUACAUCGGAGUGGGCCCAGGAGCACACGGGCGGUUUGUUCCUGUGGGGUCGGGUGGUGCUGAGCGGGAGGCUCGAACCCAGACUCUGGAGCCUGAUGUGUGGAUCCAGGAGGUCCUGCAAAGAGGCCACGGCACACGCAGGAGGAUUCCACUCAGCCAUCUUCAGUUACUGGAGGAGGUGUUGGUGAUGGGAAUGAGAAUGACGGACGGCAUUAAUCAUCAGCAGCACUGGCAGUUAUUUAGCCCUCAGGUGGCCCUCUGUGAAGUAUUUGGUGCGUCCACUGAUGUCCAAGAACUUUUAAAGGCUGGGCUACUGAUCCUUGAUGACAGGGGUCUGCGCUGCUCCUGGGAUGGACUGGCCUUACUGGACAGCAUACUGCCAGCUCUCUUGCUGGAACUGGAAGGACAAAUCUCUCAGCUCCAUUAAGGGACCAUGAAGUGAAAGGAGAAAUGGAGAGUAACUAUAAUGUUAGAAACAGGACCCAGGUCUCAGCAGUCAGUCAGUCAGGGUGGUAGGAAAUGUAGUAAUAAUAAUAAUUUGAGGAGGCAAAUCUAUCAAACAUUAGUUUUUAAUUCACUGUGUGACACUUUUUCUGUGUUUAGCUGUCAUGGUAACUCAGAGCACCACUAACAAUCCUUUGUUCUGGGCUCAUGACUGUAAUAAAAAACAAUUUUGAAUUUUACACUAACUAGAGCAUCACUGAUCAAAUAACACACCUUCACAGUGGGCCAAUAGUUCAUUGACACUUUAUCUCAAGUAAUGAAAAAAAUUAAGGAUGUGUGACUGAAGUGACCUCAUGUGACUAAUUUUGGUUCUUCCUUAACUGCCUCCAUGUUUUGCUAAAACUAUUUUAUGACUUUUUGUAUAAUCUGCUAACAAGCCAGGCAAAAUAAAUACACAAUCUCACUAGCAAUGGUAAUAAAAAAGUGUAUAAGUAUGUCAAAAAUCUGCUCAAAACGGUUACGCUGACACAAAAUAAAUUUUAACAUAUUUUUACAGAUGCCGUGCGCG